UCUGGAAUUUUGGCUUCCCACGCCUGCAAUGGUUGCUCCCAAUCUCCCCUAUCCUCGGGGAGUGGUUCCUCCCAAGCGCUUCUCCCCGGUGAACCUCCCAGGGGCGGGCUGGUUCCUCGCGGGCCUCCCCUCGCCACCCCGAGGCCGGCGCGCUUCCGCCUCCGGGUCAAAGGUCGCGCCUGAGCAGGCCGCCCUUCCCCCUUCCCCUCCCCGUUUCCGGGGCCGCUGUCUGAGUGUCCGGGACAUGGAGCGGGAGUGAAGGAGCCACCGCCCCCCCCCUCCCCGCUGAGGAGCCGCCCCGGCCGGGGGAGGACGCCGAGCCCCGGGUUUCCUGUCUUGCCCAAGGCUCGCUGAGUAGUUAAUGCAGAAGAUAAAGAGGGUUCGUCUGGAAAACGAGACUGCAGGAAGUUGGAGAAGUUUCUUGAGCAGUUCCGAGGAGGAAGAGAGGAUGACUGCAGUGGAUGCGCUGGCAGACAACACUGAAGUGGUUGAGAUGGAGGACGUGCCUUCCCAGUUCCUGGUGGAGAAGCAUUCGUGGGAUGGGCUGCGUGACAUUAUUCACAGCAGCAGGAAGUAUUCAGGCAUGAUAGUGAACAAGGCGCCCCAUGAUUUCCAAUUUGUCCAGAAAACAGAAGAGUCCAGCCCACAUUCUCAUCGCCUUUACUAUCUGGGGAUGCCAUAUGGCAGCCGGGAGAAUUCCCUUCUUUACUCAGAGAUUCCCAAAAAGAUACGAAAAGAGGCCCUGCUACUCUUGUCAUGGAAACAGAUGCUGGAUCACUUUCAGGCAACCCCUCACCAUGGGAUGUACUCUAGGGAAGAAGAACUCCUGAGGGAACGCAAGCGUCUCGGGGUCUUUGGAAUCACUUCCUACGAUUUCCACAGCAAGAGUGGCCUCUUUCUUUUCCAGGCCAGCAACAGCCUCUUCCACUGUCGAGAUGGGGGCCAGAAUGGCUUCAUGGUGUCUCCAAUGAAACCCCUGGAGAUCAAGACCCAGUGCACGGGACCUCGAAUGGAUCCCAAGAUCUGCCCGGCUGACCCCUCCGUCUUUUCAUUCAUCAAUAACAAUGACCUGUGGGUAGCAAAUAUCGAGACGGGAGAGGAGAGACGGAUGACUUAUUGCCAUAAAGGUUUAUCCAAUGUGUUAGAUGACCCCAAAUCGGCAGGUGUAGCCACAUUUGUCAUUCAGGAAGAGUUUGAUCGGUUCACAGGGUACUGGUGGUGCCCCACAGCCACCCUAGAAGGUUCAGAGGGUUGGAAAACGCUGCGGAUCUUGUAUGAGGAAGUGGACGAGUCAGAGGUGGAGAUAAUUCAUGUUCCUUCACCUGCCCUGGAGGAGAGAAAAACAGAUUCCUAUCGGUACCCCAGGACAGGUAGCAAAAAUCCCAAGAUCUCAUUAAAACUGGCAGAGUUUAAAAUGGACAGCCAGGGAAAGAUGGUGUGCGCCCAAGACAAGGAGCUGGUACAGCCUUUUGCCACAUUGUUCCCUACGGUGGAGUACAUCGCACGGGCUGGAUGGACCAGAGAUGGCAAAUACGCCUGGGCCAUGUUCCUAGACAGGCCUCAGCAACGGCUCCAGCUAGUCCUCCUGCCUCCAGCACUCUUUAUCCCAGUACCAGAAAGUGAGGAGCAGCGCAUCGAAUUUGCCAAAGCUGUGCCAGAAAACGUCCAGCCAUAUGUGAUCUAUGAAGAAGUCACAGAUGUGUGGAUAAAUGUUCACGAUAUCUUUUAUCCUUUUGCCCAACUGGAGGGUGAGGAGGAAGAACUCUGCUUCAUCCGAGCUAAUGAAUGCAAGACCGGCUUCUGUCACUUGUACAGAGUCACAGCCAUCCUAAAGCAGAGCAGCUGCGACUGGACUCAGCCAUAUGUCCUUAGCGAAGAAGACUUCAAAUGUCCUAUCAAAGAGGAAGUUGCCCUGACCAGUGGGGAAUGGGAGGUGUUGGCGAGGCAUGGAUCCAAGAUCUGGGUGAAUGAGGAGACGAAGCUGGUGUACUUCCAAGGCACGAAGGACACCCCAUUGGAGCACCACCUCUAUGUGGUCAAUUACGAGUCCCCAGGCGAGAUUGUACGGCUCACCACACUGGGCUUCUCUCACAGCUGCUCUAUGAGCCAGAACUUCGACAUGUUCAUCAGCCACUACAGCAGCGUCAGCACCCCGCCCUGCGUGCAUGUCUACAAACUGAACGGCUCCGAUGACGACCCACUCCACAAACUGCCCAGGUUCUGGGCCAGCAUGAUGGAGGCAGCCAGCUGUCCUGCAGAUUACAUCCCCCCCGAAAUCUUUCACUUCCAUACCCAGUCAGAUGUAGAGCUCUACGGGAUGGUCUACAAACCUCAUAACGUCCAGCCUGGAAAGAAGCACCCUACGGUGCUGUUCGUCUAUGGAGGCCCUCAGGUGCAGUUAGUGAAUAACUCCUUCAAAGGUAUUAAGUACCUACGGCUCAACACGCUAGCGUCUCUAGGCUACGCUGUGGUGGUGAUUGAUGGAAGGGGCUCUUGCCAGCGAGGACUCAAAUUCGAAGGGGCCCUUAAAAACCAGAUGGGUCAGGUGGAGAUAGAGGACCAGGUGGAAGGUUUACAUUACGUAGCAGAAAAAUACGGGUUCAUCGACCUGAGUCGGGUAGCCAUACAUGGCUGGUCUUACGGGGGCUUCCUCUCCCUCAUGGGCCUUAUCUGUAAGCCCCAUGUAUUCAAGGUUGCUAUAGCAGGUGCCCCUGUCACUGUUUGGAUGGCGUACGAUACCGGAUACACCGAGCGGUACAUGGAUGUCCCAGAGAACAACCAGCCAGGUUAUGAGGCCGGCUCUGUGGCGCUGCAUGUAGAAAAACUCCCCAAUGAGCCAAACCGCUUGCUGAUCCUCCAUGGGUUUCUGGAUGAAAAUGUGCACUUUUUUCACACCAACUUCCUGGUCUCCCAGCUAAUCCGGGCUGGAAAGCCUUACCAGCUGCAGAUCUACCCCAACGAGAGACACAGUAUUCGGUGCCCCGAGUCCGGAGAGCAUUAUGAAAUCACACUGCUGCACUUUCUACAAGAAUACCUCUGAGCGCACAGGCCUCUGCAAACUGUUGGACACUGACAGCUCAACUCUGCCUCCUGCCGCUGCCCCCCCAACCCCAAAAGCCGCCUCAUCCAGUGCACAAAUCACUGCGUGCCCACCCCCAACCGGGGGUGCUGCCUCCAGUGAGGGGGAGGGUGGAAGUCACCCCUCCUGUUUUCCUCUGGAUGGUGCCACCUUCCUUCACUUUCCAAGCUGGAGCUCUGCCCUGCUCAGCUGCUCACCUCUCUGGCCUGGCUAUUAAUGCUUUUUUUUGCUGCUACUCCCUCUACGCUGGGAAAUCAGUGGACUGUCUCCAGAGGCUGAGGUCUGCCUCUCUCCUUUUUCCUUCCACUGCACCUCCACGCACCUGCCUGUGCUGGAGAUGGAUGAGCCGAAUCAGCAAGCUGCCUUAAGCCAGGAGGGAGAGGAUGAUCCACUGCUGCAUCCUGUGGGGUUUGAUCACUGCUGCUGCUUCCUGGCCGUACAUGACGAGCAUCUGAGCCCUGGGAUCUGAGAAGAGCUCUGGAGAAGCAUGCAACACUAAUCUCUCUCUCUCUUUUUUUUUUUUUAAAUUAAUUUUGCAGAGCAGAUUGGGGGAAGCAGCUGGGGUUGGUGACAGUUAGCCUCUUUGGGCACCUUUCUCCGAUCGCCGCUCGUGGGCAGAAUCGUGCCAGCAGGGAGCAUGGCAGCUGCAGCAUCUGGCUACAACCAGAGCAGCACUCGCCUGUACAGAAACCGCAGCUGCAGCAUCUGGAUUUUGCCACACACGAUGGAUAUUUAUGCAACUACUUACCCCCCCCGUCGCCUUCCCUACCCUCUACCCUUCUUCGUGCUGUGUCCCGACCCUGCCUUUCUCUCCUCACCCGUGCCCUGAGCUUUCAGACAUGCACUGAAAUUGGCUGUGCUUCAGUUCUCUGCGGGUCAGUGACUGUUUCCCUCGCGCAUCUAUUUGGUGAACACUCUCUUCUGGUUUUUAUUUUCCUACUCAACAGGAACUGCAGUUCCAGGGAGGGGUGGGGUCGAGCAAUUGCACCUCAGGGGAGCACCCACCCACCAAGCCAAGGGUUCUGCCAGGGGCAAAGGAAAACAAAAAGAAACCCACCCUAAUGAACCACAUCAACUUGCCCUCGAGUAUUUUAAGUGCGUAUUAUGAAAAGAAAAUAUUUUUAUGGAUUCUUAUUCUUUUAUAAUUAUGAGUGUACGAUGUAGCGACUCAUUAAAAUAUUGGAAGCAGA